AUGGCAACUGGUCAAAGCAGAGACUGGGCUUCCGUUGGUACUCUUGAAAUGACCUCUCUACCUUCGAUGGCGUUUGUCUUGUCAAUAGCUGUUCUCGCAGCCUUCUGGAAGUUGACUCGCCAGUGUUCACCUAAACGUCCUGCCGCGGAAAAGAUCCAUCCUAGCAGUACGGUAUCCAAGAGAGAUUAUGAGGACAUUGUGAAUGAGUUCCUCCAGGGGAUCUCAUACCAACCGCCACAAUGUGUGUUCGAUGUGGCAUUAAGCUCUCGUGUUGAGAACCACCUUUUAUCCCAUGGCAUUUCACCGGAAUUUAUAAAACAAAUCGGACGAUGCAUCAAAACUGCAACCGAGAUAACCACCUUCACAUAUCCAUUUGUCUCGCACGAGGUCCAAGAAGCGAUCGCUUUAUAUGCUACAUAUGUCAUCAGCAUUGACGAUCUCACGACUGAUAUCCUACCGGAUUUGCAAGGCUACGUCGCUCAAUUGGUUGCUGGACGGCCCCAUCAUCAUGAGCUUCUCCGUGGCUUUACACAUUUUCUGGGUAGCCAACAGCGUCUUUUUGGACAGUUCGGAGGCGACAUGAUAGUCAAGGGGACAUUGGAAUUCAUCUCCUCGGCCGUAAUUGAGCAAGGCCAAGAUAGAUGCUUGAACUUGACCCAAGAUGCAGCCGACUAUCUGGUCUAUUUCAGGGCAAAAACAGGUGUUGCUGAGCCAUUCGCGUUCUUUUUCUUUCCAGAGGACAGCAAUCCGGAGGAAGACGAUCUGAGAAAAUACAUCGCGGCUAUCCCAAGUAUCAUGCUGAUUCUGGGCUAUGUCAACGAUCUCUUAUCGUUCUACAAGGAGGAGUCCAAGGUUGACGACUACCCGGGGUUCGUGCAGAACCACGCUCAGGUCUAUGGUCUUACCUCUCUGCAGUCACUGCGUCAACUCAUGGUUGAAACGCUAGCCGAAGUCCGGAAGAUCCGCAAUAUAUUCUUCCAUGAUGCGGCCAUGACUGAUCGCAUUGAUAAGUUUAUUUACGGGUAUGUAUUUUAUCAUCUGUGCUCGAGACGGUAUAGACUGGAUGAGUUAGAUAUUCCCGCUGCUCUUGAGUCGAGAAUUCGUUAUCACCAGAUGGUGAAGGUGCCACAGUAG